AUGAGCGACUUGCCCAAGUCCCUUCGCUUGGGUUUGGCGGAGCACUUCAAGUUGGGGUGCUUGGAAGUGGCCUUCGAGCAAGUGAGCAAGGAUGGGACCGUCAAACGGGCCUACCGCCUUGCAGACGGGCAACUGAUUGAGGCGGUUCUGAUGCCUUACGAGGAUGGCAGACGGACGGCCUGCAUCUCCAGCCAAGCAGGCUGCGCCAUGGGGUGCGUGUUCUGCCAGACGGGCCAGAUGGGCUUCGCGCGGCAGCUGACCGAGUCCGAGAUCUUCGAGCAGGCCCUCCUCUUCUCCAGGGACCUGACCAAGGGGGGGGAGCGACUGAGCAAUGUGGUGUUUAUGGGUGAGGGUGAGCCCCUCAACAAUCGCAGGCAGGUGUUCGGAGCCGUCCGGCGCCUGAACGCAGACCUUGGCAUCGGGGCGCGGCAUAUCACGGUGUCAACGGUGGGCCUGGCCCCCCGAAUCCGCGACCUGGCGGACGCGGUGGACGACCCGGAGGGCGAGGGAGCGCUACUCUCCCAGAUAAAAGUGGCCGUCUCCCUCCAUGCGACCAGGGACGCGGAGCGCACGGCCAUCAUGCCGGUGAAUAGGCGCUUUCCCAUCUCGGAGCUCAUGGCCGCGUGCCAGUACUACGUCCAGCGGACGAAUAGGCGGCUCAGCUUCGAGUGGGCGCUGAUCAGUGGACAAAACGACAGCCCCCAGGUCGCAAAUGAGCUCGGUCGGCUGCUUUCACCGCUGAAGGGGAAGUGUCACGUGAACGUCAUCAACGUGAACCCGACCACGGGCUUCGAGGGCCAGCCGGGGUCCAAGGCGGCCAUGGAUCGGUUUCUGAACAUCCUGAACGAGGACUGGGGGAUUCCCGCCACUAUGCGCGUGCGGCGAGGUCUGGACAUCAAUGCAGGCUGCGGGCAACUGAAGAACGAGCUACUCACGAGGGAGCUGUCUGCCAAGGUGUUAGCGGCUACACCGCCCAGGUCCCCCGAGGCAUCUUCAGCGUGA